AUGACCCGACCGUCGCUGCUGCACGCCACCUCCGCGCCGCCCAUGAGUGCGCGCGACGCGGCGUACUGGCUCGCAGUCGCUUCGACGUGCUCGUUUUUACGCACCACGUCCGCCUCAACGGCCGCUACCGCGUCCUCCACGCGCCGUCUCGACGCGUCGAGUCGUCUAUCCCACCAGCACAGCCACAGCCGUUACAGUCACAUUUACAGUCACAGUCAUUGCAGCCAAAGUCGCCCUAUUGACCGUCAGUGUCAUGCCGUCGUUGUGGCUGAAGAAGUGUUUGAGCAUCAGCGGUAUCAGAUGAUUGUGGGAUGGGGUUCCAGUGGCCAUUUACUGCCUCUGGAUCCGGACAAAUACGUGCGCGUUGUCCGUCGUCCACUCCCUCGGCGACACUUGAGACCGGGACAGAGGGGCCGGACGAGCGACAAAGAAGCAGACGAAGAAGGACGAGAAAAGCGACGAGAAGCAGACGAAGAAGGACGAGAAGAGCGACGAGGAGCAGCAGAAGAAGGACGAGAUGCAGCAGCAGCAGACGCGAGCAAAGUGCUGCUCGAGUGGGUUCCAUCGUCGACGUUUCCGGAUAUCGCAUUACCAGACGUAGUCGAGCGAGUCGGCGACGCAUUUGCUGCUCGUGGAGUGAAACUACGGAGCCGGUCGGCUGCAAGUGCAAUGAGAGACUGUCAGGACGUCGCGUCGAGCACAGGAACCGGUACAGCAGCAGGGGGUACAAGUGGAUCUCCUGUGAGAUGGGAGUGGACGAGUCCGUGGCAUCUAGAUAUACCUGCGGAUAGUCCACAGAAUGCAGUGGACGGGUGGCAAUAUGCCUCGAGUUUUGCCCAGCUCGGACCGAGACCGUCGCUCCGUUCACGUGGAGUAUCGAUCGAUGCUACGAGUCCCGCACGUUUGCACGCUCGUGGCAACACGUCGCCGUCGUUUUCCGAUCGAGCUGCUGGCAAGCGACUACGCGUCCGACGACGCAAGUGGGUGCGGUUCCGACGUGUAUGCUCGACUCGGAGUGGAUGGACUGCUGGCGUUCCUGCUAGUGCCUUUGACGACGCGUUCCUGGACUCGAUGAGUGGCUGGCUGCGCAAGCGAGGCCACGUGCGCAAAAACUGGAAAGCACGCUACUUUGUGCUGGACAAGUCGGUUUUGCGCUACUAUACGGAUGCUUCGUGCACGAAGCUCAAAGGUGAGGUGCUGCUCUUCCAUCCACAAACGCGCGUGCAUUACGUGGACGUGCAUGUCGCGGGUGGUCGCGACGCGGCGUUCGCUAUCCAAGUUGGUCCGGAAUACACGUUGCUAUUGCAAGCUGCUCAGCUCUGUGACCGCGAGAACUGGAUGUACUGCAUUGAAGACGCGCUGCUCUGUCGGGACUCGUACUACACACAAAGUAGAGCAAGCGGACGUGGACCGUACUUUGAUCUGCGCGAGAGUGUAGCGCAGCGCCGACUGCUGAGUGCAGAAGCGAUGGCGCUCGACGGCAGUUCGUUCCACGAUGCAAUGUGCGGCAUCAGUCAUGUGCGCGAAGGAGCAGCCAGUUGCGAGCUCAGCGAUACGGACGACCUGCAUGACGAGUCGUCUUACGGACGAAGAACAGCUCAGCAAGGAUACCGGAGCACGAACAACAGCGACGUGCUCAAGCUCUGGGCUUCGCUUCAUGCCAAACCAGGUGGCUUGCUGACUGCUGUGAGCUCUGCGUCUCCGACGAUGCGCUCGCUGUUGGGCGUGUGCGACCGACUGUUUGCCAGCCCUGCGAUGCAUGCACACAUUGGCAGCUUUCUUGCCAUGUUCCGCCAGAAGUACGACCAUUCCGCUGCUUCGUCCGUGGCGGCUAUGAGUGCGUCAGCUUGGACUCGGCUCUCGGAGCCCUGGACUCCAGUCGAAGGCAGUGGCUACGGCACGGACAGUGAGCAAGACCUGCGCGAGAGCUCUCUGGGCUCAUCGCCGCACGAACUUCACAGCGUCACGACGUUGCAGGACGCUCGCAGUCUGUUGGCGCUGAAGAACUAUCGCUUCUUCUUGGAACGGUCGCUGGGGCUCAUCAUGGACCACCUGUCGGACGCUGUGGACGUAGGCUCUGACCGAACGCUUGGCCAGGCUCCGAAUGACGCGAAGUGUGCGCCGACGGAUGAUGAAUGGGCUCUCGUGCGUCGAGCUGCGUUGUGUAAGCUCGAGCGGCGCACGUUUAUUCCGCUGCAAGAGAUCAUAUACCAGCUACUGGGCGACGACAUGGGAUCUCGACGUGGUAAACGGCAGGAAGAAGAGCGGUUUGAGCGGCUACGGGCGUCUGUGGCCGUCCAAACGCAGUGUUUCCUGGACGUGCAGCCGGCACAGCAGUCGCCGUCGGAUUGGAAAUCGGCGAUCGCUCUGAUGGACUCGAUGGACAAUUACUCACUGCCGUCCGAGAAGGCGGCUGUGCUCGUGGAAGUGGCGCGAUGUAUCUACGAGACCAACGCGAGGGAACACGACUACGAAGCUGACAGCGCGCGUGGCAGCUCGAAGCAGCAGCAGACACCGUCGACGCCCAUGUCUGCCGAUGACUUCCUGCCUAUCUUCAUCUUCGUCUUGGCCCGUUGCCAUCUGCGCAGUGUGAUUGUGACGCGCCACUUGAUCAGCGAGACGAUGAUCACGGCGUUGAUGAUGGGCGAGACUGGGUACUACGCCACGAUGCUGGAGGCCGCGAUCGGAUACAUUGCAGCGUUUGGCGGGACGGUCACGGCCGGCGAUCUGGUCAGCCGAAGCAGUGGCCGUAGUGCUGUGACUGCCAGCAGUGGCUUUUGA